CCAGGAGAGGAGCGAGAGCGAGAGCGAGCGAGAGAGAGAGCGAGUGCAUGUCACUCCGAGCUCGGCUGACAUUCUCGACAGGCAGCGAACGGGGGAGAGCGGGUCGAAGAGGAAGACGGGGUGUGUUGAGAGAGUGUGUGAGAGGGAGAGAAGAGAGAGAGAGCGGGAGAGCGAGUAUCACACGCAGCGGGGGAGAUCUCUUUAGCUCACACUGGCCCCGGGCUCGGGACAGCUGCAGGACAGAGAGCCUCUGUUGUUUCGGUGGAGAUAAGAGGAGUAUCGUCGCCGUAAGACCCCCCCCCCUGUUCUGACAGAGAGAGAGAGAGAGAGAGAGAGGGAGAAAGAGGAGAGGGAAGAGACCAUGUCUAGCGCUAUCCUGAGGAGGAACUCCAGCAAGCAAGGCCUCCAGAACCUCAUGAGGGUGACGGCCCAGAGGAGCGUGGAGGAUGCUGAGGAGGUGGAGAGGGAGCGCAGGAGGAGGGCCCGGGAGGCCAUCCGUAGGAUGGACAGCGGCUCCGGGCCUGGAGAGUCCUCCCAGGAGAAUGGGACACCAGCGGAAGACAGCCUGUGCGACAGCAGUCUAAAGCCUAGCAGCCCACUAUCACUGGAGGAGGACGAGGGCUUCAGCGACUGGACUCAGCGCAGGGAGAAACGCAGGCAGCAGCGUAUGCAGGAGGAGCUCAGCCAGGGAGCAGAGGAAGAGGAGGAGGAGAGGCUGAACAGACCCAUCCUGUCCCCGGUCACCUCCUCCUCCUUCUCCUCCUCCUCCUCCAUCUUCCCCAACAGACGUCAGAGGGAGCAGGGGGAACUGGAGAGGGCGAGGAUGGAGAGUGAGAAGAGGAGGCAGCAUGAGGAGGAGGUGUUCAGAGCAGAUAGAGGGAGGAGAGAGACGCAGAGGGAGGAGGAGGAGGAGCAAAUGAAUGUGACUUCUAGAAGGGAGGAGGACCAGCAACCAGACACAGAGGUGGAGAAGAGACGAGACUUGAAAGUCUCCUACACAUCUAAGGUCUUUCUUCAACAGGAAGCAAAGCACAGCAGCACCAAUGGGGAUGGGUCCGGGGAGGAAGUGACAUCACACACCAACCACAAAACAAGAAGGCCUGCCAGCAGGGUUGUUGUCCAAGCUGCCGAGCCGGCCGAGGCGGAGGCCAUCUUGGAGACAGAGCAGCGUCUGGAGAAGAUCCGGCGUAGCCACCAGGAGAAGGAGAGCCAGGAGCUGGAGCAGCUCCGACACAGGCAGGUGGCAGCAGAGCAGGAGCUGGGGGAGCUGAAGCAGAGGAGAGAGGAGAGACGCAGAAUCCGGGAGGAAGAGGAGCGCCGCAGGGAAGAGGAGGAACAGCUACGCCUGGCCAAAGAGGAGGAGAAGAGGAGACAGAUGAAGGAGGACAUCGAGAAGAGGAGGAUGGAGGCUGCGGAGAGGAUGAAGACUCUUAGUACCUCAAGUGUUGAUGGAGAUGAGACUUUCAGCCCUUUAAGUCCAAAGGGACCCGCUCAGAAGAGUGCGAGCGAAGAGGGUUUGACAGCAGAGAGUACAUGCUCGAUCACAGAGAGGACGGAGUCCCUGAACCGGUCACUGAAGAAAAGCAACAGUUUCAGGAAGAUGCUGCCUCCUGUCCUGCUCUCCAAGAUCGAUGACAGAUUGGAGCAGUACGCCCACGCCGUGGAGGAGACCAAAGCAGCCAAGCAGGGGCCAGUGGACAUCCCCAACCCACCGGAGGCCAUCACCACCAAGAAGAACCUGUUUGAGGCAGGAGAAGCUUGGAGCCAGAGUCCCACCAAGGGAACACCAUGCAAGGACGCUGAAGGUCUGAAGGUGGGCGUGGCGGGCCUCAUCACUCAGUGGGUGAAGGGGAGCCCGGAGAGCAGCGGCAAGCAGCCGGCCGGCAGACCCGCAGAUGUGAGACCUGGAGACGUCAUGCAGAAGAAAAACAUGUGGGAGAUCAUUGGAGACACAUCUGGGAGACCAGUGCAAAGAGCUAAGGGCACAGCCACCAGUAAAAGGUACAAAUUCAUUGUGACUGGUCACGGUAAAUAUGAGAAGAUCUCUGUUGAUGAUGAGCAUGGAGAAGAAUUCUCCAACGGAAAAUCUGACCCAUACCAAUGCGAUUACUGAAGUGGCGUUCUUCCCAAAGAACUGUCUUCAUUUUAAAAGGUUUACACCUUUCCAUCACAAAACAAUCAGCUGGCUAUGAUGAAAUCAAUAAGGAGCAUCUCUCUUUCAACCAAUCAUUUUACCAAUAUUCAGUAAAUCACACUCUCAUUUGGAUGUGUACACUCAGGAUGGUUGGUGACUGUUCUUCUCUUCUGUAUCUCAAUGACUAACUCAAAACAAUCCUACAAUAUAAUGCUUGGCCAAUACUCCGUAUCACAUUUUUUAUAUUUUCUGAUAUGUCAACCUGUUGUGUUUCAAAUGCUGUGUAUAUAUAUAUGACUGUGAUAUUUUCUUUUCUUUUUACUUGUUUUCUUAUUCCACUGUGCUGAUGUGAAAUUACACAUAUAUCUGUUGCUCAUUGGAUAAAAUUGUGCAGGGUAACAUAAAAAAAAUCUUUAAAUUAGAAAUGUUUAUAUCUGCCUGUCUUACAGAAUUAUUCAAUCUUAUUGCCUCUAUACAAAGUACUUCAACACACUUGUGCUUUGAUUAUAUAACAACAUCUAAAAAUGACAAUUUCUUUGGGAAAGCAGACAUCUUCAGCACAUACAAAGUAUGAUUUCAUGGCUGUAACUAUGAGUGAUUAGUAAGUCAUCUAUCUUUUCCAAAUACUCGCAGUGAUAUAAUACAGACUUGCAAAUAUUCUCGGGUACCUGAGUAAACAAAAUACAAAAAUAUUACGCUGACAACUUUUGCACCAUAUCACUCUAAAUCUCGCCUACAUUUCACCCAUAAACCAACUAUCUGUCUUCUCUUUUGCAGUACUGCAGCUCUGGUGCCUUUAGUUGUGUUUAUGCUACUAGUGCAGACAUCUCCACACUUCAUCUUCACACUGCAUACCCAGCUAGUACUAUUUCUGCUUGAUUCUGUUCAUAACCCCUUUCUUAAAUAAAUUAAAACAUUUUCUACUUUA